AUGGCUUCUUUCAUUGAAAGUUGGAUAGCUCGUUUUUUAUUUUCAACGAUUUCUGCAGCAGCGCUCCUUUGGAAUUCUCUUGUAAUUUGGGUUAUAGUCAAGAACAGAAAGGUUUAUCUCAAAAGACCGUUCGAUAUUUUGAUCCUCAAUUUGGCGGUGGCUGAUGCUCUCUCCGCGGUCUUUCUCGUCUUCAGUCGAUUUCUUUAUUUGCCCACGAUGCCUCGAGAUUACACAGACGCUUACUUGUAUUGCACUCUCCUGUGGGGAGGAUACAUAUUAUUCGCGUUGGGAUAUAUUUCAGUCUACACUUGUCUUUUGCUAACCAUUGAACGGUGGAUGGCCGUCGUAAGGCCUCAAGCGUAUCGCCUUUUCAAAAAAAGGCAAAUCUUGAUUGCUGUUAUAUUUAUAUGGAUUUGGGGCUUCUUCUUAGAUGCACCCGCAUUUCUGACAACGGACGCAGAUGUUAAAAAUAAAAAGUGCAAAUUUGUAGGGUUGAGAAUUGGGGGAAAAGUUUUGCCAUUUCUCCAAAUUCUCCUUACAUGUCUUAUACCAUCUAUCGUCAUAACUUCGUUGUAUACGCAUAUUUUUCACAAAAUCAAUCGAAUGCCAUUAUUUUUGAGAGGAGCAGCUGGAACUGGAUUGAAGAAAAGGCUCACAGUGAUUUCUCUUGUAGCAUCAUUAUUCCUCAUCGUCGGUUGGCUUCCGACCCAAAUCAGUUACUCGCUGGACUUGAUUGGUUUGAUAAAUGAUUUGCAUCGGGAAUCGACAUUAUAUUGUAUUUUUAUCAUGAUGACUUUAGUCAAUUCUGUUGUAAAUCCAGUUUUGUAUGGGGUUUUUAGCUCAAGAUGUCGUGCAGAAUUUAUAGCAGUUUUUCGUUGGGUAAUUCGCUAUUCUGGACGAGGAAAUAUAAAGAAUGUAUCACCUGCGGAAUAA